UGAAGUGAGCUCGUGUGGAGCCCGUAUCGCUUUUGUCAGAUACUGUGUUUUGGCAUUCACCGGUCAGUGCGAGUUCCAAUGAUUUUGUUUUAGUUGAACAAGAGUGUUGAAGUGGAAGGACUCUGAUGUUGGUCUCGUUUUGUUUUUUGUGAGAGACCGCUGAUACAACCGGCAAAGUGUUGGGCGUAAAGCUGGAAAUGAAGACGGAGCACCGCACAUGUUGCGCGUGCGGCGAGGCGAUAGCGGACCGUUUCCUUCUGGAGGUGGGCGGCGGCGCGUGGCACACCGGAUGUCUGAGGUGUUGCGUCUGCGCCGUCCAGUUGGACCGACACCCGUCUUGCUUCCUCCGGGAUCGGCAGGUCUACUGUAAGCAGGAUUACGCCAAGAGCUUCGGUGCCAAGUGUUCCAAGUGCUGCCGGGGCAUCUCCUCAUCAGACUGGGUGCGGAAGGCGCGAGAGCAGGUUUACCAUCUGGCGUGCUUCGCAUGCGAUGCAUGUGGACGGCAACUGUCCACAGGCGAACAGUUCGCACUCCACGAGGACAGAGUACUCUGCAAACCACACUACUUGGAGACACUUGACGGAGGAUCUAUUUCUUCUGACGAUGGCUGUGACUCAGAAGGAUACCACAAGAGUAAAGCGAAACGUGUCAGGACCACGUUUACAGAGGAGCAGCUUCAGGUGCUGCAGGCAAAUUUUCAACUGGACUCGAACCCCGAUGGACAGGAUCUGGAGCGAAUUGCGCAAGUGACGGGUCUGAGCAAGCGAGUCACACAAGUCUGGUUUCAGAACAGUCGAGCUCGGCAGAAGAAACACCAGCAUACGGGAAAGGGGAAACAAAGUCAGCUGAUGUCGCGGGAUAGCGACCCGGUGGGGUUUGGCCGGCCCAUCAACCUACACCUCACGUACUCGUUCCAGAACAAACCCCCCUUUGUGCCGAUAGACGGCACCUCAUUCACGGACUCAUCGAUGGACGAGCUGUCGGAGGACUCUUCGAUCCACUGCAUGCAGAGCGAGGUGUGAGCACCAGUGACCGCGCUGCCACGUCGUGAACUACGUGGGCUCCGUGGUGCUUACUGAACCUCUUGUAUAUAUGAAGCAAAUGUGACCUCCUUUAUAUGCAAAGGUUGCCAUUUAUUAAGCUUGUAUACUGUUCCAGUCACAUAAAAAUAUAUUUAUUCAUUACUAUCCACCCGCCAAUUUUUAUACAGUGCAACUUUUAUAAGGAUAUCCAUCUUUUUUGUAAAUAACAUAUUAUUCAAUAAGGUAGCUUUUUAUAUGAGUAACAUGGAAGAUUAAAAAAAAAUAUUUAAUAUGUUUUUUAAUAUUACUAUUACAAUUUAUAUUCAAUUUUAUAAUAUAAUAUUAAAUAUUAGAUCUAUAAUAUUAAACGGUAGAUCUAUCGGUUAUACACAUAUUUGUAUACACUGUGGAAAUGGCGGACAGGCUUUCGGCCAACCUGAUUUAAAAUCUGAAACUAUUAUAUUUAAAUGCUUUCCGUAUCUAAUUUCACAGAUCUGACUGUCUUAUAUUCGAUUACGUAGAGUUAAAAUUUGCAAUUAGUCAUUCAAACGUGUUGGAUCUGUAAAUACUUUGUCAUAUAUAAUUAACAUGUGUAAUUUGUAAGCAUAUCAUAUUUUUGUUCCAAUUUUUAAUCAGGGUUGUCAACCUACAGACUUUUUGUAUCUGCGAGGAGACAGAUAUAAAUUCGUACAACGUAAAUUAACGAUGUUCCCGAACCUCGAACCGAACUCCAAAAACCCUUACAAAGGUCCUAGUGCGGUUGGCAUCCCAGAUAGUAAUAUUAUCUCCAAUUUUCUCUGCCUACUACAUUGUAAAAUGAUAAAGCCGUUAGAAAUAUUCAAUUUCUACGUGAUUUAAUAACUAUUAUUAUUUAUUCAGCAUAGCGUGGUACAAUGUGGAAAACAUAAAAGCAUCUAAAAACCAAGAUGGCGCUAUAUGCUAAUAGGGCCUUCGCUCAACUUGUGUGUAUGACUGCAGUACUGAUUUUCAGUGGAACCACCACUCAAAAAAAGUUUUAAGUCUCACUAACUAAUAUAUUUUUAAUUUAAGCAUUUACAGCUAUUUUUUUAUUAAUUCCACAAGUUUAUUUCCUUAUUUAUAAGAAAAUGCUAAAAAUCUUUUAUAAACCUAGUUUUACUAAUUUAAUUGUUUCGUGCUCUUCUUCACACCAAUUUUUAGAUUUAGAUUAAGAUAAAACAGUAUACUAGUUAAAGUGGGUUUGUAGGAGGUAUUAGCAUUUAUGUAGAAGGAAGGAUGAAGAUGAAAUACGAAAACUCCCCGUUUUCGUAUUUAUUAGCAAUACGUAUAUUGAAUACUAUUUUGGUUAUUCAAUUCCUAUUAUAAGUUAUAAACUCUGCAUCUACAGUAUAUGAAGUAUUGUAUGGUACAUAUAUCCUGUACUACAAUUGCCAUCUAAGCAAAUCUUUCUUUUCUUCUAUUGUUCACUUAAUAAUUUAAAAAUAAUUAAAUAUUUUUACUGUACUAUAAAUCUCCCGCGAAUAAAAACUCAAUAUAUUUUUAAGCACCCAUUUUAUUGAUUCCACGAAAUCAGAUUUUAUGGAAUUGAUUUAUGCACAUUCUUAAAACUCAGUCAUCGUUUAGUAAAACGGUAGGAAGCUGAGUUUAAAACAAUGUUUUGUAGAAUCAAAAUCAGGAUAUUAUUGAAAAAAUAUUUGCCAAUAAUUAAUAAAUACGUUUUAUUUAUAUUAUAAAUAGCGUGCUAUUCUACAUUUGAGUAACUGUGGAAGAUAUUCGUAAUAUUUAGAUACUUUUACUGUAAAAGUGGCAGAAAUUUUCCAUUAAUUAAUGAUUUUCUUUAUUUAUGCUAGCUAUGUAAUGUAAUUUAAAUUAUACAAUAAAAUGUAUUUUACCACUUUCAUAAAAUAAUGUAGACAAUGCAUAUUUAUUAUCUGUAUUUUUACCAAGAGUACACUACAGGAUAAGCAUUAAGAACAGACUGUCAAAGAUUGAAAUGUUGACACACAGAUCUUUCCGCCUACUCCGCAACCUCUUGGAAAAGCGAUGUACCUACAAUUUUUAUAUACUUGUUCCGCUCCUUAAAUUACUUCAUAAAUGAUUUACAAAUACGUACCUAUACAGUCAUAAUUCAUUGUGAGAAAAAUGGUUAAUUAAGAUUAUUCAUAAUUAUUGUAUAUUGUACAAAUAAAUUAUAACUUAUUAAAUACAUAAUGAAAUAUAAUGUUAUCUUAAUAAUUUAAGUCAACUUUUUUAUUUAUUGUAAAAAGUUAAGUUAUUAUAAUAAUUUAUUUGUAUCUAUUAACUGUGAUAUGUCAUGUGGUAACUAUAAUCAACAUUAUCUUAACGUACUCGUUAUAAGGUUUUUUAGAUUUCUAUAAUUGUAAAUGCGUCAAUAGAUAUAGAGUAUAUAGAUAUUUCAUAAUGAAUUCCUUAUUGCACUUAAUAUCUCCCUCGCACACACACUUCAAGUAUAUUGUCUAGAUUAAAAACGUCCAAAAUAUUAACGUAUGUAGGUAGGUAUAUUGCCAAAUGUCUGCUUCGGUCACUAAAUACUAAAAAAAUUGUUUUUUCAUCUCUUUUCGAAUUACAUUUUGAAUCUGGUGGAAAGACGAAAAUAGUCAUUUUCAUUUUCUCUUACUGUUACAAUAACAAAUUUACGAAUUUAUGUAUCUAUAAAAAUUCAAUUUAUUUAUUAAUUAAAUUAAGUAAAUAAUAAUGUCGUCUCUAUAACUCUACCACUGCCUGAUCAUUACCUCUACUAUCUAUUACUUCUUUACAUUAACUAUACCUAAGAUAUCUUUUAGGCGCUUAAUUAUGUAAUGCUUAUACUUCGCAUUUAAAACAGAUUAAAAGAAGCAGUUUCUUCAUUUUUGUAGUUAUGUCUGAAUUAUUUCACAGUUGUAAUUGCAAACAGUAUAACUUAGGAUGCACCUGAAACUCUCAAGAGUUUAUAGAAAAUUGCAUGGGAUUGCGAUUGUCAUCCGUUGCAACUGAGAAUUGUUAGUAUUACAUAUUAUACAUAAUUAGUCCCCAACUGAACGUUGUGUAACUCAUCACGAGAUUCGAAAUUGUAUUUGUAAAUAAGUACUCAAGUAAAUAUUUUUAGCUAAUUGAAAUUACUAAACUUUCAAUUAUCUAAAAAAUUUAAUUUUUGUAUAAUAUCAUUUAAGUGUAUGUACAUAAAAAGAAUCGAUUUGUGAAAUCGUCUGUAUGUAUUAUUUAUUCUAUUAGGUUAGCAAUUUAAUAAUUAUGAUGGUCAUUUAUAUUAUAAAAUUUCUUUGUUGUCAUACAAUUAAGUGCAAUAAAUAAUUUAUCUAUAAUACUUUACGUUUUCAGACAGUUUGUGAAAAUUUUGUUCUAAAAACGUAAUACAUUAUAUAUUAUACUUAUAUACACAUUACGUAUGUAUAAUAACAAUGAAUGUUUAUACUCAAAUUCCCUCACGAGAUAUAAAUACGUUUAAAUACUUUAUCAUUAGAAAAACCGGUCUGGUUCAUCACAAAUACAUAGUCAGUUUUUUCUGCAACUGAUAUCCUACUAUAUAAUAUUGCUCAGUUAAAUUGAAAAGGCGCUAUUAGCCAGUUCAAUUCAAUCACUUUGCUUAGAUUAUAAAUAUAACGUUUUAAGCACUAUAAAGUUUUUUAUUAUCUUUCAAAUCAUAAAAAUAGUUCGAUAGGAAAAGACAAAAUAAUUCAUUAGCUACAUAAUACGUUUAUUAGACAUUUGCAUUUUUAUAUGAUUAUUUUUUAGUAAAUUAAUUUCUAAAUUCAUAGUCUUUGCAAAUCUAUGUCUACUAAAUAAUCUAAUAUGUAUACAAACAUGUAAGUAAUCGUGUUAUGUUGAAAUAGUGCUAUAUUAUUUCUGUAUUUAUAAUCCGUAUGUAUUUUAUAUUGUAAAUAACUAAUUUAUGCUUAACAGUAAAUGCAAUGUAAAUUUAAUUUUUCUCAUAUUUAUUAUUAGUAGUCAGUGAAGUUAAUCAGUGUGUGUACAGACUGUUAUACAAUUACGUUAGAAAUGUUUAAAAUUAUUUAAUAUUAUAAUGCUUAAAUGAUAAUGGCGUUUCUAAAAUGUUUGUCCUUCUAUUUAUGUAUUAUUAACUUCCGAGAACGAAUAACAAUUUGUAAACAAAAGCAACUUUAUAUUUAUAGAGAUUUUUAAUGUUAAAAAUACAUUUAAGGAAUGACAUUUUGGUACCCGCUCUAAUGAUAUGACCGUAUUUGAAACCUUCUUGGUACGGACGGUAAAUGAGUGUAGAUAUAUAAUAUU